UCCCUCCUUCUCAGCAACCAGAACCCCAAUUGGUACAAGAAAUAUCACCUCGGCGUGGUAAUUUAUUCGAGAGGGAGCACGAGACGACGGAACCCAGUCAGAAUCAUCAAGCAGAGAGGUUCCGCUUUGUCCGGGGCGGGCAGCAUCAUCAUUCCUGAAAGGCAGCUGCGCUGGUGGGCGCAGAGUUAAAUCACCGACCACGGCACAGACAGGACACGAGCAAGGCCAUCAGUCACAAUGGCGCAGGUAUUCCUCGACCUCGUCACGUCCUUGGGCAACUGCCUGAACUGCUUCCCGGGCUCGCCGACGCUCAAGAUCAACAGCCGGAGCUUCAAGAUCUUAAGGUUACUAGGCGAGGGCGGUUUCUCCUACGUCUACCUUGUCCAAGACACCUCGACCUCGGAGCUCCUCGCGCUCAAGAAGAUUCGCUGUCCCUUCGGCGCCGAGUCCGUCGCCCAGGCCAUGAAGGAGGUCGACGCCUACAAGCUCUUUGCCAACACCCCCGGGAUCAUUCACAGUGUUGACUAUGCCAUCGCCGAGGAGCGCGGCGGCGGCGAGGCCUCCAAGACGGUCUACGUGCUGCUGCCCUACUACCGCCGCGGGAACCUGCAAGAUCUCAUCAACGCCAACCUUGUCAACCACACCAAGUUUCCUGAGAAGAGGCUCAUGCAGCUGUUUCUGGGCAUGUGCAGGGCGCUACGGGAGAUGCACGUGUACAAGGGUGCGGGAGGUGGAGGUGGCGGCGGUGGUGCUGGAGGAGGUGAGCGGAUGGAGAUGCGCGUCAACGGGGUGGAUGAGAAUGUUGCUGCGUUGAAAGAUAGACCGCAGAGGGGGAGGGCGGCGGCUGGGGCCGAUGAGGAUGAUGAGGCGGAGCAACAAAGGCCGUUGAUGGGCGAGGAAGGUGUCCCUGCGGGUGAAGUCAAGAGCUACUCGCACAGGGACAUCAAGCCAGGAAACAUCAUGAUCGACGACACAGGGGCUGCGCCGAUCCUCAUGGACCUUGGGUCCAUCGCCGUGUCGCCCAUACCCAUAACAUCACGGUCGCUCGCCAUCGCCACCCAGGACACCGCUGCGGAGCACAGCACGAUGCCUUACCGUGCGCCGGAGCUCUUCGACGUCAAGACGGGCGCGGUGAUCGACACCAAAGUCGACAUCUGGUCACUGGGCUGCACGCUGUACGCGUGUCUGGUUGGCAAGUCGCCCUUCGAGAUGCGCAGCGACGAGACGGGCGGGUCGCUGAGCAUCUGCGUGCUGAGCGGCGACUGGCGGUUCCCGGACGAAGGGCCUGGGGGUACUAAGAAGAAGGCCGCCCCAAGGAGGCAGGGGACGAACCUGAGCCAAUCUGGGGCUGCUGGUGGUGGUGCUGCGGCCGCCGAGGAGCUGGUCAUCAGUGACCCUAUCAAGGAGGUGGUGAGGAGAUGUUUGAAGGUCGAGCCUAGCGAAAGGCCGGAUAUAGAUGAGCUGAUCCAAAUGGUGGAUAAGGUGGUUGAGGAGCUGCCAGAGGACGACUCAGCGUGA